GGAACUUUAAUCAAGGGGACAAGUUGUGUGUUACCGAUCGUGUCGGGAGACGUACUUGGUUCGGAGUUGGGCUCAUCCAUAUUUGAGGACAAUUCUAAUAAAUAAAAUAGUUGAUGUCACACGCGACCAAUUAAAUAUAAGUUUCUAUAGGAUUCCCCAUGCUGAAACGGAAGAUGCGGCGAAAACGUGGUCACUUCAGCCUAGUUACGGAUCAAUUAGAAGAACAGAUUCAUUUAGAAGAACUAUAUAAAACCAUGAAGAAAAAUGACCCCAAAAAAGACCCAGACCCACCACCCUCACAAGAACCACAAGCCCCCGUAAAAAAUGGCCUUCGACGUGGAUCUACUAGCGGUUCACAAGUCAUCCCCGAUUUACAAAGUACCGUGUCCGGCAUGUCGGGAAGCAGCAGUAUGAACAGCAGCAUCAUGACGAGUGGGGGUGACAAUCCCCUCGAAGCUAGCGCCGGUGCGGGUCGACGCGUCCAUCGUCAUCAUGCCCAUCUUCCUCUCAUCCAUCCGAACUUUGAGGGGCUGGACGUUUUUAAGAAUAGGCACAAAAAACCAAUCCGCCAAUUGGCCGGGGCUAGAGUUCAUGCACCAAAAGUUUUAGUCGUCACAAUGGAAAGUGCUUUGGAGGAUAAAGUUGAAGCGCAUGGGUACGACCUCCGGAGACGAUUGGCAGAUUCACAAACAGAGGACAUGGGAUUGAACGUUCUUACCACUCAAAUCCACGAUAUGGAAGACAUGGAGUGGAUGCUGGAUGAAGAGUCUCAAUUGCUUCUUCGAAAGCAUAUCAUCUACUGGAAAUCUGCUCUGUCCAUGCCACGUCGUAAAAUGCGGGUUAAAGACACCACAAUUCCAUCCACAGCGACUGUCGACUACUGCAAACCUUUGACCCGAUGUCAGCGUUACAACCGGACGUGUGCACGCGCCUGUUGCGCCAGGUAUCGCAUGACCAUAACGGAAGAUUUAGUGCGGGGUGAAAGCAUUUGGAGGUUGAACAAGGACCUCUUCAAUUCCACGUCAUCCGGAGAAGCGGAAGUGAACGAUGACGACGACAAUGCCGAGAAGGAGGAGGAGGACAGAGGUCCAAAUCAAUUGACACGUCGCGACAAUAAUGCGUCUGAUCCGCGUGCUCGUACACCCAUAUCGCCAAACGCCCAGGGUCAACCUGACCGGAAAUGACAUAUACAUAUUUCCGGAAAAAUACUUGCAAAAUCGCAUUGUCUCAUGUAGCGCUAAAUAUUUUACAUAAUAUACAAAUCGUACGAGGAUAAUUCCACACAUUUCAACAAAAUUAGCAUUCCAUUCCAUACAUUAUGACUUUUACACCGGGUCGGAUCAUUUUUAUUUUCGGCAUGAACACCGGAACACGAGCAGACAUUUAUGCAAUUAAAUCUUUACCCGUGUUGUUAUUUAUGCAUUUAUUAUUCAACAAGAAUUCCAAUCAAUCAAGGAACUGUAAUAUCCUGCAAUUCUAUUCGUGUCGGUGAUCUGUUCGAUUUUUAAUUUUCAACACUUCCCCAAAAAGUUAAUGGUCUACAUUUAUUACUCAAGUUGAAUGGGCACUACUUAAGCUUAAUAGGUAAUUACAAAAUUUGAAUUGCAGCCUUGGCCUUGGGUUGUGAUUUGCGGUUCUUGCCACAAUUAUGUAAGUAUUUAGUAAACCUACCACAAGCUACCACGCACGUACUUUAGGUGUGGUGAAUUAUUAGAACUCCAAAUCUAUAUUAUUCUAAUUACAUGGCUUAAGUAUAUUUUGGUUGUUACAAGUUCCAUUGUUUAAUAACUCUGUUUUUUUACUCCGGAAAAUUUUAUUGUAAUAAAGUGAUAUCAUAAUAUACAUAAAAAAAUAUCCUGUCAACGCGAAAACAACAUCUAAACCAUAAACUAAAUAAUACUCCCAAGCUCUUAAUCUACUAGAACUUUAGUUAAAAAUGUUUAAGAAUAAAAUAUUCCUUAACAUUCA